GGAUCUGGAGCGGCUGGCCUGGGCGUGAUUGGAGGAAACGGCCCUUCCUGGGGGCCUUAGCAGCUGGGCAGAGCGUGGGAGGACCCUCCCAGAGUGGGCUGGCUGAAAACAGGAACUUGGGCUGAGACUGGUCUGCCUUCUUCCUUUGCAGCUGAACUAUCGCUACCUUCUCUCGGAGCUGAGCUCUCUCUGCCUUCCCUGGAGCUGAGACCUUUCCGCCUUCUCCAGAAUUCAGAUCGUGCUGCCUUCUCUCGGAGCUGAGAACUCACCACAUUCCCUGGAUCUGGGGUCUCUCUUCUGGAAGCCAGCUCUGCGGGUGCAGGUCCCAGCAGGUCUGAGCCAGUCCCCUCCCACCCCACCCCCCACCUCCUGGCUUCUGCUGGCUGCUCUUGCAAUUGGGUCUUAUGCUCCUCAUCUGACCACGUGGUUGGGGUCUCUGCCCUGAGGACAGGGCAGGGUCUUUGUAACACCUGUAGGACCUCACUCUCAGUAAAUCCCUGUACACCAGCCUGCUGCUCAGGAAGAUAAGGGAAAGACCUCUGCCCCUCUGGGAUCCUUUGGCCUCCCCAGCUCAGUGUGCAGAAGACCAAGGCCUGACCAAGCAGGGAGCCAGGAACCAGAGGGAAUGGCCUCUGGGAGCCGCAGACCCCCAACCCAGGAGCUGGUGACAUUCAAGGAUGUGGCUGUGGACUUCACCCAGGAGGAGUGGGGCCUCUUGGACCAUCCUCAGAAGGAGUUGUACAAGGAGGUCAUGCUGGAGAAUGCCCAGAACCUGCUUUCCCUGGGGCUGCCAGUUCCCAGAGAAUAUCUGAUCUCUUAUUUGGAAGAAAGGGAAGCACCAUGGCUGCUGGAGCAAGAAGGCCUGAGGAGCUGCUGUCCAGGAGAGAUUAGACCUGAAAUGCAAGAGACUGCUGCAAACCUAAGCAUUUCUGUGGAAGAAACUCAGGAGCAAAAUUUCAUGAGGGAUGGUCCCUGUGACUUCACUGGGAGACAAAUCUGUGCUGUAUUUCACAGAAUCCACGCAGGAGAGAAAGCUUAUGAUUGUCAUCAUUGUGGGAAAGACUUGAGUCAACAGUCAUCCCUUAUUUAUCAUAAAAAAAUGCAGACUGGACAGAAACCACAUGAGUGUUAUGAAUGUGGUAAAGCUUUUAGUGAACACUCAUCCUUUCUUAUACAUCAGAGAAUUCACACUAAUAAGAAACCUUAUGAAUGUAAUCAGUGUGGAAAGGCCUUCAGAUAUAAAAGCCAUCUUGCUAAACAUCAGAGAGUCCACACUGGAGAGAAACCUUAUGAAUGUAAUCAAUGUGGAAAGGCUUUCACACAGAGCUCCAAUCUUGCUGAACAUCAGAGAAUCCACACUGGUGAGAAACCUUAUGAAUGUAAUCAAUGUGGAAAGGCUUUCAGAUAUAAAAGCCAUCUUGCUCUACAUCUGAGAAUCCACACUGGAGAGAAACCUUAUGAAUGUGAUCAAUGUGGAAAGACUUUCACACAGAGCUCCAGUCUCGCUACACAUCAGAGAAUCCACACUGGAGAGAAACCAUAUGAAUGUAAUCAAUGUGGAAAGGCUUUCAGAUGCAGCUUCAGUCUUGCUGUACAUCUGAGAAGCCACACUGGAGAGAAGCCUUAUGAAUGUAAUCAAUGUGAAAAGGCUUUCAGAUGCAGUUUCAGUCUUGCUGUACAUCAGAGAAGCCACACUGGAGAGAAACCUUAUGAAUGUAAUCAGUGUGGAAAGGCUUUCAAACAGUGGGCACAUUUUGCUAGACAUCAGAGAAUUCACACUGGAGAGAAACCUUAUGAAUGUAAGGAAUGUGGAAAGGCUUUCAAACAGAGGACCCAUUUUGCUCUACAUCAGAGAAUUCACACUGGAGAGAAACCUUAUGAAUGUGAUAAAUGUGGAAAGGCUUUCACACAGAGGGCCAGUCUUGCUGUACAUCAGAGAAUCCACACUGGAGAGAAACCUUAUCAAUGUAAUCAAUGUGGAAAGGCUUUCAGAUGCAACUCCAGUCUUGCUGUACAUCAGAGGAUUCACACUGGAGAGAAACCAUAUCACUGUAAUCAAUGUGGAAAGUCUUUCAAAUGUAGCGCCAAUCUUGCUGUACAUCAGUGAAGCCACAUUGAAGAGAAACCUUAUGAAUGUAAUCUAUGUGAAAAGGCUCUCAGAUGCAGCUCCACUCUUGCCAUACAUCAGAGAAUCCACACUGGAGAGAAAUCUUAGGAGAACCUUUUAAUGUAUGCUCUUCCCUGACUAAACAUCAGAGAAUCCAUACUAGAGGAUAAACCUCAUUAAUAUGAUCAACAUGGAAAAUCACUCAGGUUCAAGUCAUCCCUUAUGUCUCAUCAGAAAAUUCACAAGAGAAAUAAAUCAUAUCCCUGUAAUGAAUGUGGAAAGGCAUACAAAUGGAAUACAGAGCUUGUCAGACAUCAGAAAAUUCACCAUGGGAACAAGCCCUAGAAGGACUCAACGUGGGAAGGUCUUCAGACCAAGAUCAUCUCUUCCUUUACAUCAAGGAUUCAUAGUGGAGAGAAGACUUAUGAAUGUGCUCAAUGAGGUCCUGCCUUUCCCUAGAGGAUGGAGCUCACUCAACUUCACAAUAUUCACUAUGGACAGAAGAUUUACAAAAGCAGUGAUUGUGGGAAAUCUUUCACCUGGAGCUCAUACAUGCAUCUUCAUUUGAAAAACCUUGCUGGAGAUAAAACUUGGGGAUCUAAUUAAUGAAAGAAGGCCUCUUCCUGCAGUACAGACCUCAUCAGACAUCACAUAUUUUAUCCUGUACAUCAAGCCCUGAAAAUGGAUUGAAUUUUUCUAUGAAAUCCUAAGGUUUCUCAUGACUACCCUAAAAUAUUCCAUGGCAUCCUUCAGCCAUUCUUGAGUUGAUAGGUACUCACUUUGUCUCGUGAUGUUGGCUGGCACAAAAAGUCCUAGUAUAAAUAUUUGUUGGACAUUAAUUUUGUAAUUAUGUUUUACUCUGUGGGGUGGCACAAUGGCUAGAGGGCUGUCCCUGAAUCCACAAGACCUCAGUUCAAUUUCAGCUUCUGAUGGCUACUGGCUCUGUGUCCCUGGAUGAGGCACUUAACCUAUUCCUGCCUUAGUUUCCUCAUCUGUAUAAUGGGAGUAAUAAUAGCACCUGUCUGCCAGGAUUGAUGAGAGGAUUAAAUGAGACAAUAUUUGUCAAGUGCUUUGUAAGCAUUAAAUCACUAUGUAAAGUUAGCUACUUGUGAACUCACUACCAUUAUUAUUUUUCCCUUGGUCAUAAGUCUCAGCAAAGUCAGUGGCCUAAAAGGUAUGGAUAGCUUAGUCACUUUUUCUUUUCCUUCAAAUUGACAUUCAGGGGCAGCUAGAUGGUGCAGUGGAUAGAGCACCGGCCCUGAAG